AUGAUGACGGAUGCUGGACCCGCCCCUCACGAACCCAACAUCACGGGGUUGAAGCAGGAGAUUGAUGAAGACAAAAAUUCAUCUAACGCAGCCACAGCGGAUACGGCACUUGUUUCGCUUUCCCGUGAGCCCAGCAUUACGAGCAUGGAGCCGGAGAUUGACGACGACGACGAAGGCUUAUCGGAUGCUGACGUGCCUCGAGAGCUGACCAUCGCGAGCCUAGACCUCGGGAAGGACGAUGAAGAUUUCGCAGAUGGUAUUGCAUGCGUACAAGCAUACUGGGAGCAAGCAUCGCAGAUGGAUACAAACACGCAGGAGCAAAUGAGACACCUCAUCAUUAGCAAACAGUUUGCCCAUACUCUAUCCUCACGCCAAAGCAUUUCCAAGCAUCGAUUGUACCGUGGCGCCAUGGGAAAGGAUGAGAUGAACACAUGGCCCAUCUUCUUGAUGCUCAAGGCAAUGUACAAGGAUCUGCCACACUCCUACCUGCGCAAAGUCCGCGCAAAGGGAUUUAUUACCAAUCCGGAGGACCAUACCGACGAUUACAUGGCGGCAUAUCACGACACGAUUCGACCCCGAAUCUUCGACACGGAUACAAGAACGGGCAGGGAAUACAGAGAGAUGUGGCCAAAACUGAAGAACACUCCAACCAUCUACCGAAAGUCGAGAGCCAAGAACGACAAACAGUCCAACGAAACUGAGACAGUUGCUCCUCAAGUCUCAACCUCGAGUGGUAAGAAACGUCCCGCGGUCGAUUCGACUACCGAGACUCCGACCGAGAGAUCUUCUACACGUGAAGAAAAUUUCGAAUUCGACAGUGUCUUGAUGCAAAUGACUUUGCCAGGGGUCCCCAGCAGCGCGUCGAAUAAAGUCGAUGUGGAAAAGGAACUUGCCGACUUGAAAGAGGAGAUGGCCAAGAUGCGUCAACAGACGCACAUGUUUAUGAAGGUUACCGCGGAUGUUGUGACCUCUAUGAAGACGGAGAUUGAAGACCUCAAAGAGGAGAUCAAGGGGCUGAAGAAGUGA